UGGCGCGGCGUGGGGGGGGGGGUGCGGCCAUGUUGUCUCCCCGGCGGAAGGAAUCGGGCGGCAGCGCUUCGCCCGCCCCCGAGCAGAGCCAGCGCUCCUCCGCGGCCCGCGAGCCGAGCGGCGGCCCCGCCAUGGAGGAGAGCAGCGGAUUCCGGCUGUCGGCCGAGUGCCUGGACGAGCCUCCCAACAGCCGCGUUUUCGUGGUGCUGGGCAAGGACGCGGGCGAGGCGCUGAUUCGGGAGCGCUUCGCCCCGUUCGGGGACAUCCAGAACAUCUGGCUGCUGCGCGACAAGCGCACCAACGAGUCCCGAGGCAUCGCCUUCAUCAAGUUCGCCCGCAGCUCGCAGGCCUGCCGGGCCAUGGAGGAGAUGCACGGCCGCAGCCUGGCCCCCGACACCAAGCCCAUCAAGGUAUUCAUUGCACAAUCAAGAGCUUCUGGAAGCCACCGAGAUGUUGAAGAUGAGGAGCUUACACGAAUCUUUGUUAUGAUACCAAAGACCUAUACAGAGGAAGACCUGCGAGAGAAGUUUAAGAUGUAUGGAGACAUUGAGUAUUGCAGCAUUAUUAAAAACAAGACUACUGGAGAAAGCAAAGGUUUGGGCUAUGUGAGGUACUUAAAACCAUCGCAAGCUGCCCGAGCAAUUGAGGAGUGUGAUCGAAGCUACCGAGCCAUUUUGGCUGAACCGAAAAAUAAGUCAUCUGAAUCUUUUGAACAUGAAUAUUAUAGCAAUAAUGCAAGACAAGAACCAAGAGGAAACGUAUUUCCAUUUUGUGCUCAGCCAGAGUUUUGUAGUUUUGAAAAAAAUGAGACCAGAAUUCAGGAGUCAGUCUCCAAACGUCUGUCAGUGGUAUCACGGCUUCCUUUUAUCCAAGAACAGCUGUUUGCCCUCUUUGAUCUAGUCCCAGGACUGGAGUAUUGUGAUGUUCAGCGAGAUCCUCAUACUAAUAAUGGUUAUGCUGUGAUUCAGUACAGUACAGCUGCAUCAGCUAUAUAUGCCAAGUAUAAGCUACAUGGGUUUGAGUAUCCUCCUGGAAACAGAUUAACUGUCAUUUUUCUAGAAGAUGGGAAUGAUAGUUCAGACCUCAUCAGAAAAAUGGCAACACAACUGGUAACAGCACAUAUGACCUCAGUGCUGCGAAAUAAUAACGCAAUUGUUCAGCAGUAUAGGACACCUCCUCAGGCAUUUGGAGGAACCUCUGGCUCACCGUUACUUCAGCCCCAAACUGAUGCUUUGCUUCCACCACCCAAAAAAAAAGUUCCACCUGACACUUCUGUGAAGGAAAGGCUUUUCAUACUUUUUCAUCCUCAUCCUUUACCUGUGACUAUACUGGAGGAUGUUUUCUGUCGUUUUGGAAACUUAAUAAAAGUUUAUCUCGUGGCUGGAAAAAAUGUGGCCUAUGCAAAAUUUGCAGACAGAGCAAGUGCCAGUGAGGCCAUAACUGCGUUACAUGGCAAGAUUGUGAAUGGUGUCAGACUUAAAGUAAGGUUGGCAGACUCCCCCACAGAGGAAUCUAACAAACGUCAGAGAACCUACUAAGUAGUGUGGGUAUUUUCCAUGACCUGGGAGUUACAAAGGCCAAAAAAGACUUCACCUGCAUGACUCUCCUUCUUUUCCUAAGGACUUCCGUGUUUCUCUUUUGAUAAGCAGCAGUUUUUGAAGGUCUUUUCAUGUAUGACUUAAAAAGGAAAAAAAACAAAUCUGUCUGCAUGGAAUUGGAGCUAAAACUCUUCUGAAACGUAAAAAUUGUCAGUUCCAUUGAAUGCAAUUCAUACCCAUGUUUUUAUUUACAAAGUUUUUUUCUUAAAUGUGUUUUUUUUAAAGCAUCUAAUAAUAAAAGACCAAAUCUUUCUAUCAUUAUAGGGGAAGCUAUGAUUUGAAGUGUAAUGUAAUACCAACUCUGUCUUGAUUACAAAAAAACCCUACUUUUUACUACAAAAGUAUAGAUACGAUAAAAACAUCCAAAGUUAGUAAUAAACCUCAGAAAAUGUUAAUUCCUGAAAAAAAUAAUUGCAGGCUGCAGUUGUGUCCUGAGUGAAGAUGAGGCUGCCUAUUACUUGUAAGACUGGCUUUCUGGAAAGUAGUGACUGAAAGUGGUUUAGAGUUUCUAGGUAGUUAACUGCUUGCUAUGCAGAAGUUGUUAAGAGUUGAGAGAAUUCUUGGGUUUAGUGGGAAAUUCCUGGUUGUAAUAGGAGGGAAUAUUAGCAUUAGAGAAAGCAUUACUGUUCAUGUUGUAAAGGUUAUCUAACUUUCUGAAUGAUAAGAAAACAGACCAAAGAAUUAUUUAUAGUCUAAAACCUGAGUUUAGAGGGACUGAGUCUGAAGACAUGACCCAAUCUCAAUCUAUAAGUAUGCUCAAAUAAACAAAGAGAAGAGGUGGUGUGUGUUUAUUACUUGUUUUUUAGUGAUAACAUAUAGGAUCCUGUGGUAGGAAGUUGAUGCCAGAUGUAUUCACCUGCUGUAGGAAGCCUGCUUUGGCAGGGGGGUUGGACUUGAUGGCCUUUGGAGGUUCCUUCCAACCCCUACAACUCUGAUUCUGUAUUCACAAAGUAGGAGUAAAGACCUGGCUCUUUCUAAUGGUAAUUACCUGUCAGAUGACUUUAUGUAGGAAAAAUCAUGCAUUUUGCAAAACAUAAAUAAUUUAGGAUGGUGUUUUGAUUCCAGGCUAACUAUUUAUUUUUGUGGUUUGGGAUAUUUAAAAACUGAAACUGAAUGCAUGAUGGUGCUUUCUGCUUUAAAAUGUCAGUAAACUUGGUUAGUGUUUUACGCCGUACUACAGUACAAAGAAUGCAUGGGAGUCUGUCAUAGAUGAAAAGCGAGUACAGGGUGGAAAUUUUUAGUUAUCGCUCCAAGACAGUGGACUUCCAUUGGCUGCAGAAGCUACUUGGUCCACUGUAUUAAUGGGAGAGGGAGGGAAAGAAUCAAAUGAUUAGCUCUACUUCCCUGUUUUUAAACAGUUUUUUUAUAGUUUAUACAGUUUUAGUAACAAUCUAGUUACUAAAACUAGAUUGUUGCCUUACCCUCUAAUUUUCCUAACACAGCUAACAUCAAAAGCAUAAAAAUGAUUGUGCAGGAUUUGGAAAUUCACUAAGGGUUUGGCUAUUGGUAACGGUUACUGAGAUAAGUGAAAGAAGUACUUGGCAUCCUUCUUACUGUUACGGAAAAUGUUUAAAAGCAAAAAUUCAGAAUUUAGAAAAUAACUCUUAACACAAAUCCCUGAAUUGACUU